UCUUCUAAAAGAAAUCUGACAAUAGCCAAUCAAGACGUGGGCGUGGGAAACGACAGACUUAGCGAGAAAGCGAAACUUGAAAGUGAAAGAAAAUGGCGACGCCCAUGGAAAUCAGCGCGGAACAUUUGAUUUACCGAACACCUUUAGCUUCAAGGUAUGCAAGCGAUGCUAUGAAAAAAAAUUUCAGUGAUUUCAAGAAAUUUUCAACGUGGAGGAAGCUAUGGCUUUUCCUUGCUAAGGCAGAAAAGGCUCUUGGAUUACAGAUAACAGAUGAGCAAAUUGAGGAGAUGGAGCAGAACAUUGAGAACAUAGACUUCAAAAUGGCUGCCAAGGAGGAAAAGAAGUUCCGGCAUGAUGUCAUGGCGCACGUACAUACCUUCGGAGCUGUUUGCCCUAAAGCUGCUUCUAUCAUUCAUUUAGGGGCCACUUCAUGCUAUGUCGGGGAUAACACGGACCUGAUUGUUCUGCGUGAUGGUCUAGACAUCCUGAAGCCUAAGGUGGCCUCGUGUGUGGACCAACUGGCCAAGUUUGCAGAAAAGCACAAGUCCUUGCCGUGCCUCUCCUACACCCAUCUACAAGCUGCUCAAGUGUCCACUGUGGGCAAGAGAGCUUGCAUCUGGGCCCAGGACCUGCUGACCGAUCUCACCAGCCUGGAGCGUCUGGCCCGCGACCUGCGCUUCCGCGGGGUCAAGGGCACCACAGGCACGCAGGCCAGCUUCCUGUCACUGUUUGAAGGGGAUGCGGCCAAAGUGGAGCGUCUGGACGAUAUGGUCACUGAAAUGGCCGGUUUCAAGAACCAUUACAUUAUCUGUGGACAGACAUAUCCAAGGAAAGUUGAUGUGGAUGUCUUGUCUGUGCUGGCCAGCUUUGGCGCGACUGUGCAUAAGGCUCCAGUGCCAUGCCCUACAAGCGGAACCCCAUGCGGAGCGAGCGCUGCUGCUCCCUGGCCCGCCUGCUGAUGGCCCAGGUUCAGAACCCGCUUGCCACGGCCUCGGUGCAGUGGAUGGAGCGAACCCUGGACGACAGCGCCAACCGGCGCGUGUGUCUGCCCGAGGCUUUCCUUGCGGCCGACGCUCUCCUCAACACACUGCUCAACAUCGUGGAGGGCUUGGUCGUCUACCCGAAGGUGAUCGCCCGGCGUCUGAACGAAGAGCUUCCCUUCAUGGCCACGGAGAACGUCAUCAUGGCCAUGGUGAAGGCUGGAGGAAACCGACAAGAGUGCCAUGAGAAACUGCGGUGCCUGGCCCUGCAGAGCGCAGCCCUGAUGAAGCAAGAGGGUACGCCCUGCGACUUCCUGCAGCGGAUCGAGACUGACCAGUACUUCCAGCCCAUCCAUGACAAGCUGGACAGCCUGGUGGAGGCGGGCUCUUUCGUCGGGCUGUCGGUUAACCAGGUCGACCGUUUCUUGUCGGUGGAGGUGGCUCCAGCGCUGGAGAGGUACCAAGGAUGUCUGUCACAGUCGGUCAAGCUGGAGAUAUAGUGGACACCUUUCUCCUCCGCCUACACGCCUCAUAUCAUGUAUUACAAUCUUGUCACAUUUCAGUCUGUUCAGUCUGCGUCGCCUCUGUUAUAAUGUUGCAACUUGGGCGGAUAAAAUUCAAAA